CUUACACUUUCGGUGAUGUACCGACACUUCGUACGUAACUUAUUCCACGAAAGGGGGUCAAAUGACAAAAGACGAGAAGAAUACAAGAUGAAAGUGGCUGUGUUUGCAUUUUUGGCCUUUCUAUUCUGCUGUUCUGGGACUAUAGACGGAGCUGCAUGUGGUCGAAGAUGGUACGACCCAAGAUUCAAGAUUUGUUGUAACGGCGUCAUCAGUUCUAAAGGAUUCAGCAGUGCAUGUUGUGGAACAAGACCGUACGAUUCUAGAUUCAAGAUUUGUUGUAACGGCGUCCUCAGUUCUAAAGGAUUCAGCAGUGCAUGUUGUGGAACAAGACCGUACGAUUCUAGAUUCAAGAUUUGUUGUAACGGCGUCCUCAGUUCUAAAGGAUUCAGCAGUGCAUGUUGUGGAACAAGACCGUACGACCCUAGAUUCAAGAUUUGUUGUAACGGCGUCCUCAGUUCUAAAGGAUUCAGCAGUGCAUGUUGUGGAACAAGACCGUACAACCCAACCUUUACAAGGUGUUGUAAUGGAUAUUUGUGCUAGAAGUCUUGUUAAGUCGUGUAUGCAUUGACAAUACUUUCAUUGCUUUGAAAAACAACAACAACAACAACUUUUAACCUAAAAUUCAAUAGUUAAAAACAUUGGAACACAUGAUAAUGGACUCCUUUUUUAAUAUCGAUGUUAUGUUAUUGGUUUAGAAGCAAAUGAUCGAUA